AGGGGCCGCGAGAGCUUUGCAGCCGCCUUCACCGCCUUUGCUGGGGGUGGCUGCAGCCAGAGAAACACACCAAGGCCCAGAUGUUAGACCAAGUGAUCUUGGAGCAGUUUCUGGCUGUCCUGCCCACGGAGAUGCAGCGCUGGGUGCGGGAGUGCCGAGCAGAGAGCAGUUCCCAGGCGGUGGCCUUGGCUGAAGGCUUCCUCCUGAGCUGGGCCAAAGAGAAGGAGCAGGAAGGGCACCAGGUUCUGUGGUCCUUCCUGGAAGUGAGCACUAAUUGUCCUGAGAAAAGGGUGAAUCCUGCAAAUCCCACUCAGGAGUCGUGUCUCAGAG